AUGACCAGCAUAGAUGAGCUUUUCAAGAAACCCACUUCAGCAGCCAGCGCCAAGCGUAAACUGGACGCUACCACAGAUCCAAAUGAACUCUACAAGGCUGCCAAACUAGAUGCAAACGGCGAUGUGAAAUCCAAGGGAAAGGAGCCAAUGGUUGAAGACGAGAACGAAGAUGAUGGUGAAGCUGGUCCAGAGCUACCUCCGGACUUCGAUGCCGAGGAUAUCCCAGACGAUGAGGAAGGGCGCUUUUUCGGAGGCGGCAUGGAGCGCCAGACGGCUCAGGCGAUGCAUUAUAUUGACCAGCAGGAAGAAGGGGAUGUUGCGCCCGAGAAAUUCGAUGCCGCAUGGCUGCGACGAUUUGCUCUCAAUUUCGAAAAAAAGAUAUCAAAGAAUGCCGAGUUGCGCGGAAAAUAUGAGAACGAUCCACAAAAGUUCAUGGCCUCGGAAGCCGAUCUAGACAACGAAAUAAAGGGACUAUCCAUUCUCUCAGAGCACCCCGAAUUAUACAUGGAGUUUUCAGAGUUGGGCUGCGUAGGCUCUCUGAUAUCUUUACUCUCGCACGAGAACGCAGAUAUUGCCAUUGAUGCGAUCCAAAUCAUCGGCGAGUUAACCGACGAAGAUGUUGAAGCCGAGCAAGAACAAUGGGACACAUUGGUAAAUGCAAUGUUGGAUGCCGACCUUAUCGAACUAUUAGCCCAGAACUUGUCACGGUUGGACGAAGAGUCUGAUGUCGACAGAGCAGGGGUUUACUAUGUACUGAGUGUUUUAGAGAACCUUGCGUCCCAAACUUCACAUGCAGAGAAGCUAGGCGAUGAUUCAAAUUUGCUUCCAUGGCUCCUGACUCGCAUACAGAAGAAGGAAAGACCGGUAAGCCAAAACCAGCAAUAUGCAGCUGAAAUAUUAGCCAUCCUAUUGCAGUCGUCUUCCAGGACGCGAAACAAAUUUAUUGGUCUCGAGGGCGUCGAUAUCCUUCUUCAACUGCUCAGCCAAUACCGUAAGCGCGAUCCUGCAAAGGAUUCAGACGAGGAAGAAUUCGUGGAGAACCUGUUCGACUGCUUGAUCUGCCUCGUCGAUGAAGACUCCGGAAAGGAAAAGUUUAUUGAGGGCGAAGGUAUCGAACUUGCACAAAUCAUGUUGAAGGAAGGAAAGUUCAGUAAACCGCGCGCUUUGCGGGUCUUAGAUCAUGCCCUGGGUGGAUUGGGUGGCAGGCCCGCGUGCGAAAGGUUUGUCGAAGCAGCAUGCUUGAGAACAGUGUUUGGGAUGUUCAUGAAGAAGCAAGAAAAUCAAACGAUAGAGCAUUUAUUGGGUAUCUUUGCUUCGCUUCUGCGUCUCCUACCGGGAGGCUCAGCAGCCCGUAUCCGUACUCUUGCUAAAUUCAUGGAAAAAGAUUAUGAGAAGAUUGAGAAGUUAGUAAAGCUGAGGCGCGAUUAUGCGUCGAGGGUAACGCCAGUUGAACAAGCUAUCGAGAAAGAACGGAAGAAUUUCACUGAAGAGGAACGAGAGGUGAUGGCAGUGGAAUGGCUCUCUCGGCGAUUUGAUGCUGGUCUAUUCUCCCUCCAGCUCAUCGAUGUAAUGCUGGCGUGGCUUGUGGCAGAAGAUGAUGGCGCUAAAAAGAAGAUCAUGUCCCUUUUGGCAGACCGCGACGAAGGCCUUUCUCUGAUCCAGGGCACAUUGAAAGAACAAAUUGAAGGGCUUUCGGACGAUGACCCCGGACAGAGAGAUCAUAAGGAAAUGCUUGAGACUCUUUUACAGUGUCACUGCUCCUUUCAGCAGCAAGACAGCCUGUGCGCGGGAUCUUUUAUUCAAGCGCGUCGCGCUAACCUCGUCAAAAUGGCGGACUACGAUGAUGCCUACGAGGAUGAGUUUUACGAUGAUAUGGAGGAGGGGAUCACUUCGGAGGAUUGCUGGACUGUCAUCUCGUCUUUCUUCGAUACGAAGGGUCUAGUCUCGCAGCAGCUGGAUUCUUUCGAUGAAUUCAUUUCAUCGACAAUGCAAGAACUUGUGGAGGAACAAGGCCAAGUAACACUCGACCAGACACUUCCGCCUGACGAAGAUGAAGUCGAUCCCGUUGUUGUCCGUCGCUAUGAGCUCAAGUUCGGAACAGUUAUGCUUUCCCGCCCCUCGGUCACUGAGGGUGAUGGUGCCACCACAAUCAUGUUGCCCCAGGAAGCUCGUCUGCGAAACCUUACCUACGCUAGUCCCCUCUACCUCGGCAUCACAAAGCGAAUUAUGGAAGGUAGGGAGCGAUCGGUUGCUGAUCGUGACGAUGAGGAGAUAGAGGAGGAUGAAGACAGAAAGGCUCGUGGCACAUACCUCCAGUGGGAGCAGAAGGAGCUGCCGGCCGAUCAAGCCAAAGAGGAAACCGUUUUCAUCGGAAAAGUGCCUAUUAUGCUCAAGUCCAAGUAUUGUAUUCUGAAGGAUCUGAGUGAGCAGGCUCUAUAUAACUGGAAUGAAUGCCCUUAUGACUCUGGUGGUUAUUUCAUCAUCAACGGAAGCGAAAAGGUUUUGAUUGCCCAGGAGCGAAGUGCAGGUAACACGGUCCAGGUUUUCAAAAAAGCACCUCCGAGUCCCACACCUUAUGUGGCCGAAAUUCGAAGUGCCGUCGAGAAAGGAUCUCGACUCCUUUCCCAACUGUCCCUUAAGUUGUUCGCUAAGGGUGAUAGUGCAAAGGGUGGCUUCGGCCCUACUAUCAGGUCCACAUUGCCCUAUGUGAAGACGGACAUUCCAAUCGUCGUCGUUUUCAGAGCGCUCGGUGUGGUCUCUGAUGAGGACAUUCUUAACCACAUUUGCUACGACCGUAACGACAUUCCUAUGCUGGAAAUGCUCAAGCCUUGUAUUGAAGAGGGUUUCGUCAUUCAAGAUCGUGAAGUUGCUUUGGAUUUCAUUGCUAAGCGUGGCUCUUCCCAAUCAAGCAUGAAUCAUGAGCGUCGUGUGAGAUACGCGCGUGAAAUCAUGCAAAAGGAGUUGCUUCCUCAUAUCUCACAGAGCGAAGGUAGUGAGACUAGGAAGGCAUUCUUCUUGGGUUAUAUGGUGCACAGACUUCUGCAAUGUGCUCUAGGCCGCCGGGAUGUUGAUGACCGUGAUCACUUCGGAAAGAAGCGUCUCGAUCUUGCAGGCCCCCUUCUGGCGAACCUCUUCCGUGUUCUGUUUACGCGAGUUACUCGUGAUCUCCAGCGUUAUGUCCAGAGAUGUGUUGAGACCAACAGAGAGAUUUACCUCAAUAUUGGUAUCAAGGCCAGCACACUGACCGGUGGCUUGAAGUACGCUCUUGCUACUGGUAACUGGGGUGAACAGAAGAAGGCCGCAAGCGCUAAGGCUGGUGUCUCACAAGUGCUCAGUCGUUAUACUUACGCUUCUACUUUGUCACAUCUUCGCCGAACCAACACGCCUAUAGGUCGUGAUGGUAAAAUUGCUAAACCUCGCCAGCUUCACAAUACCCAUUGGGGGUUGGUCUGUCCAGCAGAGACUCCUGAAGGUCAGGCUUGUGGUCUGGUCAAGAACUUGGCCCUCAUGUGUUAUGUCACUGUUGGUACACCCAGCGAACCUAUCAUUGACUUUAUGAUUCAGCGUAACAUGGAAGUUCUCGAGGAGUUUGAGCCUCAAGUGACACCCAAUGCAACAAAGGUCUUCGUGAAUGGAGUGUGGGUCGGUAUUCACAGAGAUCCUGCUCAUCUUGUCAACACAAUGCAGUCGCUGCGGCGACGAAAUAUGAUCUCUCACGAGGUCAGUUUGAUUCGCGAUAUCCGCGAGCGGGAGUUCAAGAUCUUCACCGAUGCUGGACGUGUUUGCAGGCCGUUAUUCGUCAUUGACAAUGAUCCGAAGAGCGAAAACUGUGGCGGUCUGGUCUUGAACAAGGAGCACAUCCGCAAGUUGGAACAAGACAAAGAAUUACCACCCGACCUCGACCCUGAAGAUCGUAGAGAACGUUACUUUGGAUGGGAUGGGUUAGUGAGAUCUGGUGUUGUAGAGUAUGUUGACGCCGAAGAAGAAGAGACGAUCAUGAUUGUCAUGACACCGGAAGACCUGGAGAUUUCCAAACAGCUUCAGGCUGGUUACGCCCUUCCUGAAGAAGAGCUCGAUCCUAACAAGCGUGUCCGUUCUAUACUGAGCCAGAAGGCACAUACUUGGACCCACUGUGAGAUUCAUCCUAGUAUGAUUCUCGGUGUUUGUGCUAGUAUCAUUCCAUUCCCUGAUCACAAUCAGUCGCCCCGUAACACAUACCAAUCUGCUAUGGGUAAGCAAGCUAUGGGUGUGUUCUUGACAAACUUCGACCAGCGCAUGGAGACGAUGGCGAAUAUUCUCUACUACCCUCAGAAGCCACUAGCGACAACACGGUCAAUGGAGUUCCUGCGAUUCCGUGAAUUGCCAGCUGGUCAAAAUGCCAUCGUUGCUAUUGCUUGCUAUUCUGGUUACAACCAGGAAGAUUCGGUUGUUAUGAACCAAAGCAGCAUUGAUCGUGGUCUUUUCCGCAGUCUUUUCUACCGUACGUACACAGACAGCGAGAAGAUGGUUGGUUUGACGGUUGUUGAACGUUUUGAGAAGCCAAUGCGACAGGAUACGAUUGGCAUGAGAAAGGGCACUUAUGAUAAACUGGACGAGGAUGGUAUCAUUGCUCCUGGUGUACGUGUCUCUGGUGAGGAUAUCAUCAUUGGUAAGACGGCCCCUCUGGCUCCCGAUGCGGAAGAGCUCGGCCAGAGAACCAAAGCCCAUACCAAGCUGGAUGUCUCUACACCUCUUAGGAGUACUGAGAGCGGUAUAGUGGACCAGGUUCUGGUGUCCACCAGCAAUGAUGAUCUGAAGUUCGUCAAGGUCCGUAUGCGGACUACCAAAAUCCCUCAAAUUGGAGACAAAUUCGCUUCGCGUCACGGACAGAAGGGUACUAUUGGUAUUACCUACCGUCAAGAAGACAUGCCUUUCUCUCGGGAAGGUGUUUCGCCUGAUUUAGUCAUCAACCCUCACGCCAUUCCCUCGCGUAUGACCAUCGCUCACUUGAUCGAGUGCCAGCUUAGUAAAGUGUCAGCCCUGCGUGGCUUUGAGGGUGAUGCGACACCCUUUACCGAUGUUACUGUCGAUUCUGUCUCUCGUCUACUUCGCGAGCACGGCUACCAGUCUCGUGGGUUUGAGGUAAUGUACAACGGCCAUACCGGCCGGAAGCUAGUGGCACAGGUGUUCUUGGGACCUACGUACUAUCAACGUCUGCGCCACAUGGUCGAUGACAAGAUCCAUGCCCGUGCCCGUGGACCGACUCAGAUCUUGACUAGACAGCCCGUGGAAGGUCGUGCCCGUGAUGGUGGUCUCAGAUUCGGAGAGAUGGAACGUGAUUGUAUGAUCGCCCAUGGAGCAAGUGCCUUCCUAAAGGAACGUCUCUUUGACGUUUCUGACCCGUUCCGCGUCCACAUCUGCGAUGACUGCGGGUUAAUGACGCCAGUCGCUAAACUGAAGAAGGGACUUUUUGAGUGUCGACUGUGCAACAACAAGCACAGGAUCUCACAAGUGCAUAUCCCAUAUGCCGCCAAGCUUCUGUUCCAAGAGCUGGCCUCAAUGAACAUUGCCGCCCGCAUGUUUACCAACCGUUCCGGUGUGUCCGUGCGGUGA